UCAAAGAGGGCAGUAGAGGGCAGUACACAGAAGUUUGCUCGCUCGUUGCGCUGUGUUGUGCGAAGUGUACAAGUUGUGAAACGUUGCAAAGUAAUUGUCAUGGCUUCGGAACGAUAUAGUUUUUCGUUGACGACUUUUAGUCCGUCAGGCAAAUUAGUGCAGAUAGAAUAUGCCUUGGCAGCUGUUGCUGCUGGUGCACCAAGUGUAGGCAUCAAGGCAUUAAACGGCGUUGUUCUUGCCACAGAGAACAAGCACAAAUCUAUUCUUUAUGAUGAACACAGUGUCAGUAAAGUGGAAAUGAUUACAAAACAUAUUGGAAUGGUUUAUAGUGGCAUGGGUCCGGAUUACAGAUUAUUGGUGAAAGAAGCAAGAAAAAUGGCACAACAAUAUCUUUUGGUUUAUCGAGAACCUAUUCCAACAGCGCAACUUGUUCAACGUGUUGCUAUGGUUAUGCAAGAAUAUACACAAUCCGGUGGUGUCAGACCUUUCGGAGUUUCUCUUUUGAUCUGCGGUUGGGAUAACGACAAACCGUACUUGUUCCAAUGCGAUCCAUCGGGCACAUAUUUCGCAUGGAAGGCAACUGCGAUGGGCAAAAAUUUCAUUAAUGGCAAAACAUUUCUCGAGAAGAGAUACAGCGAAGAUUUGGAAUUAGAUGAUGCUGUUCAUACCGCUAUUCUAACGCUGAAAGAAAGUUUUGAAGGACAAAUGACGGCGGACAAUAUCGAAGUCGGUAUUUGCGAUGCAAAUGGAUUUAGAAAGUUGGAUCCGUCCAACGUUAAAGAUUAUCUUGCUAAUAUCCCAUAAGUUUAAGUGUUUUUAAAUGUAUUAUCACAGUAAAACUUCACACAAUCCUUAUAUGGAGUCAAAAUAUCGGAUUCUUGUAAUAAAUCUUUUUUUGUUUAAAGACAA